CACACACUAAGUUGGAACUUCAUUAAACUCCUUUUUUAACUUUACCGCUCUCAUGCGCAAAAAACACACAAAUGGUGGCUUUUUUGGUUCCUGCGUGAUCUUGCCGGAGAACAAGUGCAACCAUCGGCCGUGAAGCCUGAACACUUUCCCAACCGGUUUUUUUCCGCCCAAUUGUGGCUUUUUAAUUGAAAAAGGAUGCUGGUGUCCACUUGGAAUAAAUGCUGGCUGCUGCUGCCUCUCCUCGCCAGCGCUUUGAGGACAGGGACGUGCCAGACCCCCGGGGGGCGACCUAAGCUUAACGCCAUCAAGUCGGUUCUACUCGCAGCGGAGGAGGAAGAGGCGCCCGCCGCAGCCGCCUCCAACCGCUCCGCUGCCGCAUACGCCAGCACUGGCCAGAAGCACAUCACCUUUGCGCAGCAGGUGUAUCCGUGCAGCAACGACAAAGAGUGCAGCGUGGGAAGUUACUGCCACAGUCCUCAGCAGGCACCGUCUCGCUGCUUGGUGUGCCGCAGAAGGAAGAAGCGAUGCCAUCGAGACGCCAUGUGCUGCCCCGGCAACCGCUGCAACAACUAUAUAUGUGUGGCUAUCUCUGAGAGCGUGAUUUCGCCUCAUAUUUCCGCCUUGGAUGAACACAACAAGCUCUCCGCUAAAGACCACAGCUGGAGGAAAAGUGGGAAAGCGCACGCGAAGCAUUCUCUCAAAGGCCACGAGGGCGACCCUUGCUUACGUACCUCCGACUGCUCCGAGGGAUACUGCUGCGCCCGUCACUUCUGGACCAAAAUCUGCAAGCCGGUCUUGCGACUGGGCGAGGUGUGCACCAAGCAGAGGAAGAAGGGCUCCCACAACUUGGAGAUCUUCCAGCGCUGCGAUUGUGCCAAGGGGCUCUCCUGCAAGGUGUGGAAGGAUGCCACCUCUUCGUCCAAGUCCAGACUCCACAUGUGCCAGAAGAUCUGAAGAGGCGGAAAGGGAACUUUUAUUUGUUUUUUACUUUAAAAAUUGAAGUAUAGACGGACAGAAGGGACUGUGUGUUGCGUUACUUCACCUCCAUGCCAGUUUGUGUUGACCGCAGACGUCUUUCUCAAGCUGUAAGACGUCUACAGAGAAGCCACAUUAUUAUUGUAAUUAUUAUUAUUAUGAGCGUCCAGUACAUUCCUCAACAUGCUGCAAAAUUCAUUUGCUUGAAAGUCCUCCUUUUGUGAGAUUUGUUUUUACGCUGGCUUGCCUAAAUAUGUGAAAUAUCAUGCACUAUGCUUAACCACACCUACUAGUCAAAACGAAUGCUGUUGUGCGUGAAACAAAUUGAAUCAUGCCAAAUCAAAGCACAUCAUACGGCCCAAACACUUUUCCAUGAAUUUACUUAAAAGCAGGCCUGGCCCUAACCAAUCUGGCGCCCUAGGCAAGAUUUUAGGUGGCGCCCCCCC